AGCCCCUCUGUUCUUGAUGCGAAGUGCACAGAAGAUGGAGACUGUCCCAUGGGAAACCCAGUGGUUCAUGGCAACGGGAUAAAAACUGGGAAAUGUGUGAUGUUCAACACCACCCAUUCCACCUGUGAGAUCUAUGGCUGGUGUCCUGUGGAGAACAGCACCCUGCCCAGGUGCAAUACUUUGCAAACCAAUGACCCCACCUAUUUCAAGAGCUGCACAUACGAUCCGUUCUUCAACCCAUCCUGCCCUGUCUUCCGUGUCCGUGACAUGGUGGAGGCAACUGGAGAGACCUUUGGGGACCUCGCGCUGCUGGGGGGGAGCAUAGGAGUUCACAUCAAGUGGGACUGCGACCUGGAUCACCCUGCUGCCUGGUGCCAGCCGCAGUACUCCUUCAGCCUGCAGGACAGGAGGUACAAUUUUAGAACUGCCUCCUACUACUGGGACUCCCAGCGGCGGCUCUACCGGAACCUGCUGAAGCUCUACGGCAUCCGCUUCGACAUCUCUGUGCACGGCCAGGCUGGGAAGUUCAGCGUAAUUCCUACUGCCGUCAGCUUCGGCACCGGCAUCGCGCUCUUUGGUGCUGCCACGGUGGUCUGCGACCUGGUUCUGCUCUACCUGGAUGCGAAGGCUGACUUCUAUCGGAAGGAGAAGUUCGAGGAGGCAAAACCCCCUAAAGGUAAGACCGAGGCUGCAGCGUAG